GGCGGGGCUAGCGGGCCGGGCCGGACCGGGACCCGGGGGGCAGCGGCAGUCGCAGAGCGAUGUCGCAGCUGUGCUUCCCCCGUGGGGGCCGGACCCUCUUGGGGGUAUGGAGGCUUCGUUUUUUGUUGACCCCCCCCGGAUCCGUGCGUUCUGCCAGCUGCCAGCCCAUCCGCAAAGUGCUGGUGGCCAACCGUGGUGAGAUCGCCAUCCGUGUUUUCCGUGCCUGCACGGAGCUGGGGCUGCGCACGGUGGCCGUUUAUUCAGAGCAGGACACUGGGCAGAUGCAUCGUCAGAAAGCAGAUGAAGCUUACCUGGUGGGGAGGGGGCUGCCCCCCGUCCAAGCCUACCUGCACGUCCCAGACAUCAUCCGUGUGGCCAGGGUGGGAAAGGGGGUCUGGGGAAAUGGUGGUUUGGGGUGGGAUUCCUGGGGUUUGUGGGGUAGCUGGGACCCCUAUGGUGGUUUGGGUUGGGAUAUCUGGGGUAACUGAGACCCCUAUGGUGGU